AUGGGAAACUAUUAAAGCAAUUACCCAGAGAGAAUGUUGAAGCUUAAAAACUUUUAGGAUCUCAACAAUGAUAUAGAUGAAUUCAAUACAAAGCAAUUAAAUUAGAAAGCGAUGGAUGCUCUGGGAUUUUUAAUUCAGUUCGAAGAAAUAAAUUAUGGAGGAUUUAAAGGUCUUUUUAAGAAGAUUUUCUUUUAGUAGGCGCUAUCAAAAAUAGAUAUAAAUACAAAUAUGCUUCUAGAUAACAAGCCUUAUUUUUUUAAACUGAGAGUUAAUGAAAUGUACGCUCUCGCAGAGUUACUAGGAAGAUAUACAGAAGAUGCAGAUUCCAUGACAAAUUAAGAUUUAACACAAGCAUAGAUAUAAGCUUUAUCAUAAAUUAAAAUUGGCAGAAAUGCAAAUAAUAAUAAUAAUAAAUAAAAUCCUUCAUAAGCAAGUAAUUAAAAUGAAGAAGAGGAAGAAUAGAAGCAAGGCGAUAAUAUUUCCACACAGUAAAAGCAAACAAAUUAGUAGAAUUAGAUAAGCCAAGAAGAAGAAGAUAAAUAGUGUCCAUUGUGCCUUGAUAAAAGAAUUUAAAUUGUAUUGCCGUGCUUGGUAAAUUUUUUUUUGCAACAAAACAAAUCAUUUAAAUCAAACAAGCAAGAGUUAAAAAUAAUUCACUAAAUAUUCCACAAAUAUUUUCAUUAAAUCAAUGCAUUUUUUGUCGAAAAUAGAUUUAAAUAAAUUAUUUUACAAAUCAAUCAAAAAUCAUUAAAAUUAGCUUUAAACCAAUUAUAAAUUUAGUAUUAAGACAAUAUAAAAUUUCUAGAUCAAAUUAAUCAAAAAGUCAAUAAACAGUUAAAUAAAUAAAAUAUUAAUUGGAAUAAUAUUUUAUAAUUAUAUUCAUUAAAUGGAUAAUAAAAAAGUAAAUAAUAUAAAAAGUUAUAGCAAUAAUUUUAACUUAAAACACUUAAAAUAUUAAAUUUGAAAAAAAAUUUCAUGCAAGAGGAGAAACUAAAUAGCUAAAUUCAAUAGAUAAAUAAAUAGAAUAGAAUUGAUAAAAAUCAUUAAUUAAAUAAUAGGCAAAUCAUUAGUUAAUCUUAAUCAAAUAAUUUAAAUAAAUUCUAUGCAAAAAACAAAGUAAAUAUGAGCUAGUAACAAUAAUUUGUAAGAUUAAAUUAAAAAAAUAUGAAUAUAAAUUAAUCAGCAAAUAACUGA